AUGAAACUCGUGCUAGCAUCAGUAUUAUCAGUGGUUUUGAUCGUCUCGAACGCCAAUUCGGUCGACGGCGACGUUCAAUGCGGGAAUAACAAGUUCUGUCCGGUCGGAUUCAAACCAUUUCGAUCGCCUCAACCGUCCAAUGAAUACCAACUUCUACGGAGAUCUGCUCUACGGGUGGCUUCAAUCACAAGCGGGAAGCUAGUGGGGAUUCUGAGUUCACGACUCGACGAAUGGAUGAUAAAUCUCAACGAUUUCUGUUAUGACGAUACAAUCGGUUUCAUUCUCGACGAGAAUGUCUUUGACUACGUUGUCAGUUGUGUUUGGACGGGCGCUUCACAAUUCGGACAGUGUCAGGCGGUGCCGGAGAAAUACUCGAAGAAACCGUAUUAUUAUGUGGAUCCGGAAGAGUGGUAUCACAAAUUGACGACGGUGCGUAACGCUCUCGGAUGCAACGGAUUGAUUCGAAAGGAUUCGGAUUCCAGAAAAUCGAACACAACCACUAAACUCUCGGCCAAAAACUACAGUACCCCCUACUACUACCACCGUCGAUCGCACUUCAAUCCCCAUUUGAAUCGAUUUGAUCUACGCGAGAAGUCGGAAUUGUUCAUUUGUAAUGAGAGAUGUAUUCAAGGAGGCAUAUCGUAUAUUGCGAUGGUCAUAGUGAUUUUGACAUUGGCCGUUUCGUUUAUGAAGAAUUGUUUGGAAAUGCAUGAUUAG